UGCUUCUUCUCCUCCUCUCGUCUUCGAGAAACCACAAAUCGCGCUCUCUCUCUCUCCUUCUCUCUAUCUCUCUGUGCCUCUCCUUCUCUCUCCUCUGCAAUGGCGUCUCUUCAGCAAACUAUGUUCUCUGUGCAGUCCAAACUGACUCCAUCAUCUUUCAACAUCGCGAGAUCUCUUCCUCUGCGAAAGGCAACAUUACCACUCCGAAUCAGAGGCGGAAACGCCGCGGGAGCGAGAAUGUCAGCCACGGCUGCAGGAAGCUACGCGAUGGCUCUCGCAGAUGUCGCAAAGAGGAACGACACUCUCGAAUUGACGAGCGCAGACGUGGAGAAGCUCGAGAAGGUCUUCUCAGACCCGCUGGUGCUCAAAUUCUUCGCGAAUCCAACCGUCGAGGUCGAGAAGAAGCGCCUCGUGAUCGACGAGAUCGUGAAAUCGUCGUCUCUCCAGAGCCACACAUCGAACUUCCUCAACAUCUUGGUGGACGCGAAUCGUAUCAACAUAGUGACGGACAUCGUGAAGGAGUUCGAGAUUGUUUACAACAAGAUAACGGAUACGCAGCUGGCGGAGGUUAGGUCGGUGGUGAAACUGGAGCCGCCGCAGCUUGCUCAGAUCGCGAAACAGGUUCAGAAGCUAACGGGAGCGAAGAACGUGAGGGUUAAGACGGUUCUUGAUCCGAGUCUUGUCGCUGGGUUUACGAUUCGGUACGGUGAUUCUGGGUCGAAGCUUAUUGAUAUGAGUGUGAAGAAGCAGCUUGAAGAUAUCGCUGCUCAGCUAGAACUCGGCGAGAUUCAGUUAGCUGCUUGAAAAAGAUUGUAAUGAGAAUCGCUUCUUCUUCUUCUUCUUUUUGUGCAAGUUAAUUCUUUCUCUCUUCCUUCUCUAUCAACCAUCAACAUAUUAUAUACUGGUAAUAAAUAAUUUUCUCCAGUUAUUUUCAAUUAAUUCUGAAAUGUAGUCAACCUGUGUGUUCUAGUUAUGAAUCGUACUUACAAUUCCAGCUUAGACCGAAGAAAAAACAUCAUUAGUUAUUAUUAUACUGUAUAAGUGGAAUCAACAAUCCAGAGAGAUAUAUUAAGCAAAAAGGCCUUGAGUUUAUGCCAUUUGUGCAACUCAUGAUCCAUCAUCA